CCUCCCGCGUGUGCGCGGCCGAGCGAGGGCGCCGCUCGGGCCCGAUGGGGGAGAGACAGGCUUUCGCGGACGCCGAGCGCCGCGUCGGUCCUCGCUGAGAGGGAGCCGGCGAGCGGAGGGCUCGCGCAGCGCCAGGCCGCCCCGCCGCCCCGCGAGCUCCGCGCAGGAGGCGAGUCGGGAGUUGCACACCGGCGUUUCAAGGCUGCUCCUGGCCGUCAAUCGGAAGAGCCCUGGUGGCUGGAGAGAUGGCAGUGACCCCCGUCCUCCCCGUGCUCCGAGUGCUCGCCCUGCUGAGCCUGGCCUCUGCAGGUCCAGAGCCCAGCGGCCGGUGUGCACUGUCCCCGGUCAGCGCCUCGCACCCAGUCCAGGCCUUGAUGGAGAGCUUCACCGUGCUGUCAGGCUGUGCCAGCAGGGGCACUACUGGGCUGCCACAGGAGGUCCACGUGCUCAACCUCCGUGCCACCGCAGAGCAGGGCCCAGGCCAGCCGCAGAGAGAGGUCACCCUGCAUCUGAACCCCAUCUCCUCUGUGCACACUCACCACAAACCUGUCGUGUUCCUGCUCAGCUCCCCACAGCCCCUGGUCUGGCAUCUGAAGACGGAGAGACUGGCUGCUGGCGUCCCCAGACACUUCCUGGUGUCAGAGGGCUCCGUGGUCCAGUUUCCCUCAGGAAACUUCUCCUUGACAGCGCAAACAGAAGAGAGGAAUUUCCCUCAAGGAAACGAGCAUCUGUUACACUGGGCCCGGAAGGAAUAUGGAGCAGUGACUUCAUUCACUGAACUCAAGAUAGCAAGAAACAUCUACAUUAAAGUGGGGGAAGAUCAAAUGUUCCCUCCCACGUGCAACAUAGGGAAGAAUUUUCUUUCGCUCAAUUACCUGGCCGAGUACCUCCAACCCAAAGCCGCGGAGGGCUGUGUCCUGUCCAGCUGGCCCCAGGAGAAGGAAGUGCACAUCAUUGAGCUACUCACCCCCAACUCGAACCCUUACAGCGCUUUCCAGGUGGACAUAAUCAUUGACAUCCGGCCUGCUCGAGACAACCCUGAGGUGGUCAAGAACCUGGUCCUGAUCCUCAAGUGCAAAAAGCCCGUCAACUGGGUCAUCAAGUCUUUUGACGUCAAGGGAAACCUGAAAGUGAUUGCCCCCAACAGCAUUGGCUUCGGCAAAGAGAGUGAAAGAUCCAUGGCCAUGACCAAGUCGAUAAGAGAUGACAUCCCUUCCAGCCAGGAGAGCCUGGUGAGGUGGGCUCUGGACAAUGGCUACAGCCCGGUGACGUCAUACACCAUGGCCCCCGUGGCGAACAGAUUUCAUCUUCGGCUUGAGAGCAAUGAGGAGAUGAGAGAUGAGGAAGUCCAUACUUCUCCUCCUGAGCUUCGGAUCCUGCUGGGCCCUGGCCACCUGCCCGCCCUGGACAACCCUCCUUUCCGGGGAGGGAGCAGCCAAAGUGGAGGCCUCCCCUUUCCCUUCCCGGACAUCCCCAGGAGAGGCUGGAAGGAGGGAGAAGGCAGGAUCCCCUGGCCAAAGGAUCCCAGCAUUCCCAGCAUUCCACUGCUUCCUGACCGCAGAGAGCCAGAGGAAGUGCAAGGGAGCGUGGACGUAGCCCUGUCGGUCAAGUGCGACUACGAGAAGAUGGUGGUAGCUGUGGACAAAGACUCUUUCCAGACCAGCGGCUACUCAGGGCUGGAGCUCACGCUGUUGGACCCCUCGUGCAAGGCCACGAUGAAUGGCACCCACUUUGUGCUGGAGUCUCCGCUGGAUGGCUGCGGGACCCGGCACCGGCGCUCAGCCCCCGACGGGGUGGUUUACUACAACUCUAUCGUGGUCCAGGCUCUGUCCCCGGGGGACAGCAGUGGCUGGCAAGAUGGCGAUGAAGACCUGGAGUCGGGCGACAAUGGGUUUCCGGGAGAUGCGGAGGGCGAACCGGCCCCGCUGGGCCGCGCUGGCAUGGUGCUGUUUAACUGCAGCCUGCGGCACUCGAGGGACCCCGGCGGCCCCCAGGAGCAGCUGGAUGAGAACGCCACCUUCAGCAUGGAGCUGUACAACACUGACCUGUUCCUCGUGCCCUCCCCCGGGGUCUUCUCCGUGGCCGAGAACGGGCAUGUGUAUGUGGAGGUGUCUGUCACCAAGGCUGACCAAGACCUGGGAUUUGCCAUCCAAACCUGCUUUCUGUCUCCAUACUCGAACCCAGACAGAAUGUCUGAUUACACCAUCAUUGAGAACAUCUGCCCAAAGGACGACUCUGUGAAGUUCUACAGCAACAAGAGGGUGCUCUUCCGCAUCCCGCACGCCGAGGUGGACAAGAAGCGCUUCAGCUUUAUCUUCAAGCCCAUGUUCAACACCUCCCUGCUGUUCCUACACUGCGAGCUGACGCUCUGCACCAGGAAGAAGGGCUCGCAGAAGCUGCCGAGGUGCGUGACUCCUGACGAGGCGUGCACCUCUCUGGACGCCACCACCAUCUGGACCAUGAUGCACAACAAGAAGACCUUCACCAAGCCGCUGGCCGUGGUCCACCGAGUCGAUUACAGAGAAAACGUUCCAAACACUAAGGACUCCAGUCCGGUCGCUCCUCCGCCUCCUCCACAGAUUUUCCACGGCCUGGACACACUGACUGUGAUGGGCAUCGCGUUCGCAGCAUUUGUGAUCGGGGCGCUCCUGACGGGGGCCUUGUGGUACAUCUAUUCCCACACAGGGGAGACGGCACGGAGGCAGCAGGUCCCCACCUCGCCCCCAGCCUCGGAGAACAGCAGCGCGGCCCACAGCAUUGGCAGCACCCAGAGCACGCCCUGCUCCAGCAGCAGCACGGCCUAGGCAGCGGGGCCCGUGGGGCAGGCCAGGCGGCGGUGCCGGGCCAGGCGGCGGUGCCGGGCCUGCCAGCGGGCACCCGCAGUGGGAAGGCUUCAUCUGGGGUCCCCGUAAAGAGAGAGAGAAUUUCAUCGGACAGGUGGCCUGCUGUGCCCACCCCUCACCACAGCCCGUGGAAAUGCGACCCCUGCGACCCCUGGACGCCUGUCACACACCAAAGCUAAGCUGGUGGCCUCCUCCUCCGCCAGCCCCUCGCAGGAUGGGGGUUCAAUGUGAAACACUCCGGUUUGUUUGUUUUUAAUGCUGCUCUGUCCAGGUGUGCAAACAUCCAUUGUUUGGGGUCAUAGGUUACAGAGUAAGAGGAAUGGUGGGAGGGGGCAGCGGGAGAGCAGAGCCAGGGCGAUGCCAAAGAUGGAAAGAAGCGCACCCUCCCCAUCCCGCCUGCCCCUCCCCUCAGAGCCCACCUCUCACCCGCCACAGCUUUCUGGUCCCCUGUGUAGCUUGCUGGCCUUGGGGGCUGCCACUGUCAAGGCGACAUUCCUAUCUUGGGCCAAAAUGAAUGCUGACUCCAGUUCCCUCCUCACACACACCAGCUCCAAAGUGCCUCACGGCCAAGUUUGUUCAUUCUUACAGGAAGAUGGAAAAGGGCCACAGUAAGCAACAGAUUUGUGCCGUUUCUGAUAUUUUGUCCUAAUAGUGCUUAAACCCCAGGGGGUGGGACUGGGUGGGAAGCGGGGGAGCCAGCAGGGUGUGCCUGGCACACGGGAACGCACAGCCCACUCCCGCCUUUAAAACAGUCUACGCUUCCAGAGUCGGAACUUGAGUUCUGUGUGGUAGGCUGUAGCGUCAGACUCUCUGAUGAGCCCAUGUAAAAGCCUGGAUUGCCCAGGGCAUCUGGGCAUCUGAUCACGUCAUCCGAUCUGCCCCGAGGAUGCGCAGACAGGGAGAAGGGCCCUAACCUCAAAGUUUCUCACAAGAAAGGGGUUCAGGUGCGCGUCCUCACGAACCCCAUGACGCUGCCCUGACGGUAGCCGAGCCCAGGGCCCCUCUGUGCAAACCAAACCCCAGAGGGUCAGAUCUACUGCAAAUGAAAUCACAUUGCUUUCCCAGAAUCCCCCAAACAACUUAAGAUUCCAUAAAUAGAAUGGCCAAGAUCCUAGGCUGAAAUACUCUGGGCAAACCUGGCCUGUGCAGUCCGCGGCUGGGCCUGGGCCUUCAUGAAGGAGAGCCUCAGCAGGAAGCCUUGCUGGUGGAGACAGUAGGUGAGCGGGCUGGGCGGGCCCUUAGCCACCGGCUGAUCGACUGGACGAAUGACGCUGGAUAGCUGUUGUUCAGUAGUGAAAAUUCACACCAAAGCAGCUUUCCUCCCGGGCUCAGAGCCUCAGGCUGAUGCAUUGAACGUACUCCAGAUUUCCACAUGAAAGCGGAUGGUGUGAGGCUAGAGAGAAACACCUCAGUUCAUGGUUUCUAAAUGAGGGAGUCAUUGUGGAGGACCCAGAUUACGCUACCUGUGUUUAAAAUAAUGCGCUUUGCCUAACCUUCAGCAGAAUGUAAGAAGUAUAGUCUAUGUAUAAAAAAAUGUUUAAAGAUGUCUUCAAAGAAGACUAGAGUCUUUAAAUCACUUAUAGCUAUAUUUUACUACAAAAAUUCUGUAUAAAGAUAUAUUUAAAUGUUUUAGAGAAAUUUAAGUUACUCCAUAUGAAAUGUUUAAUUUCAAUUACUGUGAAUUCUUCUAAUCAGUUCUUUGCUUUAAAAAAAAAACAGAAAUUGCUAUGGGAAGGUAUUAAAAGAUGUCUUAGAUGGAUGGGUUAAAAUGUUUGUAAUAUAUUUAAAUGUAUAUUUUUGAGAGAGAGACUACAUUACCAAUGAUUUUAUAAAUAAUCUUAAAUUAACUUACAAAUUUAUAAGUUUCAAACCAAAAAAAAAUUUUUUAAAGAGAGAAAGAAAAAAAAUCUAUUUCCUUGGAUCUCAUUAUCAGAAGUAUUAUUCAGCUUGAGAAACCCGAUUCCAUAUUGGAGAAUGAAUGUCCUCAGUAUUGUGACGUGCGAAGCCGGGCGUUUCCCCAGUGUCUGUGACAGCGUCUGUGACCACGUUUCCCACGGCUUCGCCUUCACAGAUGUCACACGAAGUGCAGGCUUGACUUUCGCAGCAGACUUGGCGAGAUUGCUUAGGCCGUUGCUGUGGUCUGGCUGAACCCACUCCACCUGCGAGGCCUGUGCUGUUUCCGCUGGCCACGCGCGCGUGUGGUCACAGAGGCCGUUUCGCCUUGAUGGCCACAAUGGGCUGCCCGGAGUCGGGGAGGCACGGUGCGUGCAUCGCACUCCGGCUCCUCACGUGGCGGUGGCGGAGAAUUUUCUUCUGCCUGAGCUGGUCGCGUGGCAGUUUUUUCCUAAACACGAAAUGGCCUUUCGCUUGUCUGGUGAUGAGCUUGUAAACCCAUUUCCUGCGUGUGUUCCCGGCAGGCUUGCCCGAGUGUGUGGGGCAUACAGGCGUGUGUCCGUCGUUUUGUAACUACCUCAUGGUUUCAAUGAUAAGUGUACUGCUGGCUGAGUUAACAGAGCACAUUUUGUCGGGUGAGUUGUGUGUGCAAACCUUUUCUUAACCCUGUUUGUCUUAUCUGGGGGUUCAUUCAUAAAACUGACAGAUACUUUUCUAGGAAAGACUAUUACCAGUUCCAAAUGCAAUACUGCUCCUGGUGUUUCCUGAGCGCGCCUGGUUUGUCACUGUUCCUCGUCUGCGAGGGUAAACGCACCCUGAAAAUCCCUGUGGCCAGUUUGAACACCCCUGCUGUAACCUUCCUCUGUUCCCCGAGUCUGUGUCUUUGUGAACCUGCGUAGAAGUAUAGUUUUGAUAACCACAGUUUAAAUUCUUUUAUCUGUGCAUAAUAAAAAGAUAUAUAUCAGUUAUUAA